AUGCGAGUCAAGUGCGCGACUGAAAGACGGAAAUCCCGGCUCACACUCGCGCGCACUCUCUCUCACAUCUCGAAGGCCAAAUCCAAGGCCGACGACAGGCGGCGCUGUUUCCCACCCCUCAGGGCCGCCGGCGCCCUCCCAGUGUCCACCAAAGUGGCCGCCGAAGUGUCCCUCUGGGCGCCCCUCCGCCGACCCCUCCGUCUCUUGUGCGCAGACUCUCCUCUGACAAUCUCAGAAAUGUUCGCAAAUUUGCGUCUUUCGGCUCUUCGCGCGCCAAACACCGCACGACUCAUGUCCUCGUCUUCUUCCGCUAACAAGCGCUCGCUCGCCGACAAAGUGGCCGUCGUUACGGCUUCGACGGACGGAAUCGGUUUCGCAGUCGCGCGACGACUGGCCAAAGACGGCGCACGCGUUGUGGUCAGCAGUCGGUCGGUAUUCACGCGAUAUUUGCGUCCUUUUCAACCCUUUGUCCGCAGAAAACGCGAAAACGUGGAAAAAGCCGUCCAAACACUCCAAUCCGAAGGACUGACCGUUUCGGGAGUCGUGUGUCACGUGUCCAAACAUGAGGACCGCAAACGCCUCCUCGACCAGGUUUGCCGCCCUCCGCCCCCACCACACGCCUCCUCACCCCCACCUCCACGCAGGCUCUCAAGGACUUCGGCGCCGUCGAUAUCCUCGUCUCGAACGCGGCCGUCAACCCCGCGUUUGGACUCUUUCUCGACGUAUACUUUCUCUCAUCUCUUCCUUAUCUCUCUCUCACUUCCGUUUCCUUCAGACCUCAGAGGACGCCUUCGACAAAGUAUGCCUUCUCUCCCAUUCGCUGCCCUCACACGCCUUUCCCCUCAGAUCCUGUCCCUGAACGUCAAGAGCGCCUUUAUGUUGACCAAAGAGUUCGUUCCUCACAUUCGGCGAAACGGAUCCAUUGUCUACAUGUCUUCGAUCGGCGCUUAUCAGCCCUUCGCUCUCAUCGGC